AUGUCAGCAGAAUUGAUUUCAUCUGCAGAAGAGGAUGUACAUCCUGGCUCAGGACCCAGUUUUAGGUCCAGUCAGAGGAAGAUAUUAAACCUGCUCUUGGAGAGAGACACUUCCUUUACCACCUGUCCAGAUCUCCCUAGAACUCCAGUGAACAAACUCUUUGGCGAUUCUGCAAACCUAAGUGUUUUGUCUGGAGGAACCCCAAAAUGUUGCCUUGAUCUUUCCAAUCUUAGCAGUGGUGGGGAGAUGUCUGCCAGUCAGCUUACCACUUCUGCAGACCUUGAUGAAACAGGCCACUUGGAAUCUAAAGGACCUCAGGACAUACAUUUAGCUGGGAUGAAUCAUCACCAGCACUUUACAAAAUGCAGCCCAGCACAGCUGCUUUGUAGCACUCCAAAUGUUUUGGACUGUGGCAACAGGAAGAAAGAUGCAGUAUGUAGCUCACCCACAAAUAAAGAAAAUGACAAUGGAAAGUUGGUGGAAGGAGAAAUGAGGUAUCUGGGCAGUCCCAUUACUACACUUCAAAAAUUGGAUAAAAAUUCAGAACUAGAAGAACACCAGGCAGAGGAGAUUUCAAAUGAAUUGAUGGAGUUUUCUCUGGAAGAUCAAGAAGAGAUCAAGGCAUCUCUGAAUAGAAGCUCCUUGUAUCGCUCGCCUUCACUGCCAGAGACGCUGAACAGGCCAAGACUGAAUCAGGUGGUAAAAUUCAAGGACAAUCCCAUAGCGGAUAAAGUAAAACAGGAGUAUUGUUCUCACAACAAAGAAUUCAGGAAGGGCUUAGGUCUAAAGAAGGCAGUCUCUCUCUGUGACAUUAAUAUCACUCAGCUGCUGGAGGAAGAGUCUAACCAGGGGUCUCUGAUUGGUGAUUUCUCCAAGGUGUGUGUGCUGCCAACCGUGUCAGGGAGACACCAAGAUUUGAAGUACAUCAACCCAGAAACAGUGGCUGCCUUACUGUCAGGGAAGUUCCAGAGUCUGAUUGAGAAGUUUUAUAUCAUCGAUUGCCGCUAUCCAUAUGAGUACCAGGGAGGACACAUCCAGGGAGCCUUAAAUUUGUACAGUCAGGAAGAACUAUAUGACUUCUUUCUGAAGAAGCCUGUCAUGCCUCUGAACACCCAGAAAAGAAUAAUCAUCGUGUUCCACUGUGAAUUCUCCUCAGAAAGGGGUCCCCGAAUGUGCCGCUCUCUCAGAGAAGAGGACAGGGCUCUGAACCAGUAUCCUGCAUUGUACUACCCAGAGCUAUAUAUCCUUAAAGGGGGCUACAGAGACUUCUUUCCAGAAUAUACGGAACUGUGUGAACCACAGAGCUACUGCCCUAUGCAUCACCAAGACCACAAGGCUGAGCUGCUGAGGUGUCGAAGCCAGAGCAAAGCAUGGAAAGGGGAGCGGCAGCUGCAGGAGCAGAUUGCCUUACUGGUGAAGGAUGUGAGCCCAUGA